CUGGAACAGUUGUGCAGUUCUAACUGGACAUUUUUCGUCCAGUACGGUGGAAAAAACAAAAAUGAAAUAUUAGGAAACUACACUAAUAGAACAACAUUAAACGUCGGCAAUUCACCAGCAAGUGCCCGCGCAGUAUGGAGUACGUUUUCGAUGUGUUUUUCGAGGAAUCAUUCCUGGUGAUGGAGCGCAGUGGUCUGCAGUCACGCUGCAGCCGAAGGAACGUGAUUGACCAUUUGAAUUCGGUUAUUUCCGGUUGCAUUCAGGGCCGUGAGACGGCCAGCGUUCAGUUGGCGGUUGGUCUAGCCGUCAAAUCGGCGAUCGACUACCAUCGGAAGAUGAAAAGUGAUAAUUUUAAAAUUUGCAUGAUGGGUAAGUUCCACAAUGUGCUGUACAUUGCGGUGCGAGUUGCCUGGGAUUGGAGUUUGGAGGAUUCCGAGAUUAUUAAAUCUUUACUAGAGGAAAUUUAUAUGUGCGAGAAAACUUUCGAGCGUAUUUUCUUGGGGGCACUGUUCGGAUCGAAUGCGCCUCAUUUUAUAGCAGGGUGGAAGAGUGAUUUCAUAGAUCAGGACGAGAAUCUUCGUGCUUUGGUGUUCUUUUUACACCACGCCGGUAAAACACGGUUGAGCUUUCCGAGUUAUUCGUACGCGUAUCAUGACAUUAGGCAAACUAAAUUUAUUGACAUUCCAAUCGAAUCAUGUGGAAAAGCAGCACCGCUACGAGUGGCCGUACAAGCAUCAGCGCCGGAUAUUCUCAUGAUACUUUUACGUCACGGAGCUAACCCCGAUCCGGAUGACGGUGGAGCCUCUCCAAUCCUAAGCAUCCUCGAGAAACUAUCCGAUUACGAAAGCCGUGCCUACCCAUAUCAGCUCGUGUCCUGUCUGGGACUGUUGCUACGCUGUACCAUUAUGAUCGAGCUACCCUACAAACCACACCUGUUCCACGUACGCAAAGAAAUGUUCGAGAUCAAGUAUGCAGCGCUACUGGCUGAUCAAAUUAUUCCCCGUGAUCAGGUCUUCGGCGUACCUACACUGAAACGAAUUUGUCGCUGUCACGUACGAAAUCAGCUGAGGAAGAACUGCCAGCUGCCUCGCGGUGUCAAUAAGCUACCCGUUCCACGCAAAAUUAUGAAAUAUAUCGAUUUGCUUGACUGAUCUUCAGUCAAAGCACCAAGGAAAUGAUCCUAGAGGCCCCACUGUUACACUGAAUCCGCGCAAUUCUUCGUUUCGGUGCACUACAAUCAGCAUACCGUGCGCGAUUGUCAGUACCUACUAUGAUCGGGUGCCAUUCGUCACCACUUUGCGCUUCAGAUGCCUCUGACAGUUCUUUAGAAAACAGUGGGGUCUCCAGUGUACAUUUCCUUUAUGAUCAAGAGCUACUCACUUGUAAG